AUGUCGUUUGGCUUCCUUUCCCUUUUCUCUCCCAGUUCUCACUGCUCUUCUGAGACAUUGGUUGUAACAAUGGAUUGGACGGAGUUGAAUAAGGUUGCGAUUGUCGCAGGUCUUAUUUGCUUUGCUUUCGUUCUCAAGAAUGAGGCCCCGAAGCUUCGAGAAUGGUAUCGCAAGCUACAGGAAGCCAGAGCUGCUCAACCGGGCGCCCCUGUCUUCCAGCAGUUGGCAGUGAUUCGUUCGCCGCCUCCAGCUCUGCUGCCGAUUCAUUCACAUUCAACGAUUGAACUCAACUUCUGGGAGAAUCAAGGUGCCUUGGGGGAAGGUACUCGUCUUGAGGACUCAGGAAGCGGGGAGAUCGGAUGUGGUAUGGAAAUGACGCACAGUGGUAGUUGCGUACACUUUUCGUUGGCUUGGGAACUAGCCUCUUUUUUGAGCGGUUGGCGGAGUUUGGGGACGCCCACCGGCGAUGAGUCUACCCUUCUACGUAGGGCCGGUGAUUAG